AUGGACGCACGCUUUGGACAGGUUACGCACAGGCACGGAGGGGUGAACCAGCUCGGUGGUGUCUUUAUUAACGGGCGCCCGUUACCGCACGUGGUGAGAAAGCACAUCGUGGAGCUCGCGCAACAGGGUGUGCGUCCCUGUGAGAUCUCCCGCCGCCUGCGCGUCAGUCACGGCUGUGUCAGCAAAAUACUGACCAGGUACAAUGAGACAGGAAGCAUCCGACCGGGAGUGAUUGGAGGCUCUAAGCCCAAAGUGGCCACUCCCAGAGUUGUGCAAAUGAUCGUGCAUCUGAAACACACCAACCCGACCAUUUUCGCCUGGGAGAUCCAAGACAGGCUGCUGCUGGAGCAAGUGUGCGACCAUGACAGCGUGCCCAGCAUCAGCUCCAUCAACAGGAUCAUCAGAAACAAAGUCCAGUCCGAGUCUUGUGAAGUUGUGUCAUCAGUGUCAUCUGUUGCUAUGGGAACAGUCUAUUCCUCUGAGUCCACCUAUUCCAUCAGUGGGAUUCUGGGAAUCAGGAAAUGUAGUCACAAACAUAAAGAAGGAGGGGACGUCUCCUGCAGCGUGUACCACGAGCAGCCAUGUUCUUUUAAUGACGCCUGGGGAUGGUCCGACCCCUGCCUGACCUUUUACCCCAGCCUGCCAGCUAAUCAUAAUCCAGGCCUCUUAGGGCAUCCAUGUCAUUACAGCUGA